AUGUGUAGCGCAAACGGAUUAGAAUUUCCAUUAACACCCAGUAAAUUAAAAGAUCUAACAGCAUUAGAAAGUAGACUAGCAGCAGCGCGUUUACCAUUUAUGAAAGUAAGAGGACAAAUAGAUAUUGGCCAACAGUACAGACUAGCUGGAAAUGUUGUAAACGCACCAGCAGCAACAGUACAAACAGUGAAUGGAUUACCACGUAAGUGUUCGCAAGAAGAGACAAUAUCGGUGAAAUUAAAAAUAAAAAAAGCGUUUCGUCAUCAUGUAUUCAAUGCAAAUAUAAGACCUGCAGCAUAA